CAGUGGAGACUGAGGGUGAGUCCCUGCUCCACAUCUUUGAUUGUAGACUCAACGCCGAGCCGGGGGUUUGACGUCAGCGAGGUGCACGUUAGUUCUCGUCCCUGCUGGUCGGGGUACGAGUAGGGAGCUGGUCUCACCUAACAGAUGUGUCUGGGACACUCCAGUCUAUUUAUUUUAUCAGUUACGCAAAGAUACAGAUGAGCAUGAUGGAAGGAUUCAGGGUGGACGGAGUGCAGGAGAUGAGGUGUUCUGCCCCGGCUGAGGGAUACGUGAAAGAGUUCACCCGCCACUCCAACGACGUGCUGCUGAACCUGAACGAACUCCGGCACCGCAACAUCCUGACCGACACCACCCUGGUCGUCGGCAAUGUACAUCUGCGGGCGCACUGUGCUGUGCUUGUGGCCUGCAGUGGGUUCUUCUACUCGCUGUACUCCCGCCGUGUGUUGCUUCAGGGGCGUGGUGGCAGUGGGGAGCAGCUCAUGACGGUGUCCCUCCCCAACACCUUGGACCCAUCCAGCGUCUCCCUGCUGCUGGACUUCAUGUACACCUCUCGCCUCCCGCUGACACCCAGCACCGUCCCCGGGGUGCUCACCGUGGCGGCCUACCUGCAGAUGGACCACGUGGCAGAUACCUGCAGGGAUUUCAUGCAGCUGCACUGCAGGGAGAAAAUUAGUGCAAGACACCCACAACUGGAGCUGGACUCCAGGGUGUCUGUAGCCUCUGUAGCACCCAGAGGAGGGGACCUGCCCAAUCCAGGACCCCAGAGAUUACUCCCAGCAGCAGUGGCAACAAGGGUCCCUGCGGAUGUCGGGGGCUCUCUCAAGCCAGGGGCUUUCCCGACCAGCCAGCCGGGGUCAAAAGAGCUGAAAGAGCCCGAGUCGCCCCUCAUUGGCACCCCGACUCCAUCUCCAGACAGCCCCGCCCGCUCCAGCUGCCAACCAAACUCUCCAGCAGAAUCCAACACCUGCAACAAAAACCUUGUGAGUGAUAUCAAAGCCUCGCCGGACCCAAAGGCAUGCAAUUGGAAGAAAUACAAAUACAUCGUCCUCAACCCUCUCUGUGCAGCAGCCGUGGUGAAGGAAGAGGAGAUGGAGGAGGCACAAAGUCACACAUCGGCCGAAGCCGACAGGAUGGGCUUGACACCCAAAGCGACAGAGGCGUGGUCUGGAGAAGUGCCCGGUCAGAUUGAUAGACAGGGGCAGGCCUCCUGCUACGAGGGUUCUGGCCGAGCCCCUCCCCUCGGGCCACCCCCUGUGGAUCACCCAUCAGUGCCUCACACUCACAAGCAGGAAACAGUCUCACCCUGCACCAGUUACCCAAACCUGCACCCCACUGAUCCAGAAGCUGCCCAACAUGCAAUCAAGCGCGAGAACUGCUAUGCGCCUUACUGUUACUCUGGCAACCUUCAAGGAACCAAGACUGUCUGCUCAGGUGACAAGCCGUACCGCUGCAAUGUGUGCGGCGCCCAGUUCAACCGACCGGCCAACCUGAAGACUCACUCUCGCAUCCACUCGGGAGAGAAGCCUUACCGCUGUGACACCUGUGCCGCACGGUUUGUUCAGGUUGCCCAUCUGCGGGCCCACGUUCUGAUCCAUACGGGGGAGAAACCUUACCCCUGCCACACCUGUGGCACCCGCUUCCGCCACCUGCAGACCCUGAAGAGCCAUCUGCGCAUUCACACCGGAGAGAAGCCUUACACUUGUGAGAAGUGUGACCUGCACUUCCGCCACAAGAGUCAGCUGCGUCUUCACCUGCGGCAAAAACACGGGGCCAUCACCAACACCAAGAUCCGCUACAAGGUCCUAAAUGAGCCCUACCAGACUAUUCUGCAGGCCUGUUGAAGACGCCUGACCUUCGACUCAUUAAUCUGAAUAACAUCUGAAUCAAAACUGUCAGAAAAAGUGAAAUUUGGUGAAAUAUUUUAAAUUAUAAGUACCUGUUUCUUUUAAUAUGUGGUGGUAAUUUAUAACUUUUAACAGACUGGUUAGUGACAUAAAAAGUUAGAAUGGAGAGACAUUUGGAAAAAGAGACAUUUACAGGUUGUUGGAUGAGCUAAACAUGAAUGGAUAAGGGUCAGUAGAAAUCCUGGCUGGUUUUUCUGAGAUGGAGAUGGUAUUAAAAAAAAGUGUUUUUGAAGGUUUGUGAAGGGAUGGAAAGAAGGGAACAAGACAUGGUAAGAUAAGUGAAAUGUUUUGGGAUGAGUGGACAAUGAAUUAUGAAGAAGAAAGAGUAUGUGAAUGGUUUGGACGAAAGAUAAAGCAGGUUUUAUGAAGGAGAGGUGGUGAAUGUGAGAGUUUUCUUAAAGUAAAUUAAAUUGAAAAAACACAUUUGUUUAAAGGCUGGAAAUAUUCUUCUUAAAUGUGUAUUUAAAUCAGUUUUUUUAUUUACCUUGAGGCCUGGGGCCUGCAUGUUCUUUAAAAAAAACAAUCAAAGUAUGCAGUAAUGUCUGCUUAGUCGUCUUGCACUGGUUGUAGUCAGUAUAGAAGGUAAAUGAUAUAUAUUGUUUUUUGUAUUGCCACGUAAAAUUUAAAUUAAGAUGACUGUAAGCAAUUGGAUAAGUAUUACGGUUGUAUGUGUAUGAGUUUAAUUUGCUGGACAAAGAUGGUUUUGUACAAUCUAAAUUAAAUCCU